CUAGGGUGGGAAAACGACUGAACGAGUGAAAAAUGAGAACUGUACGCAAGUGAGCGGUGCCGGUGGAGUGACGGGUGCUAAUCGUUGAGGCUCCGCUGCACCGUUCUCCAUUUUCUUUGGCGGCGACCUCCUCUCGCUGCUGGUCAGUAGUCGCCUGGAUGUGGAGGAGGACGGGAAAACACGAUGGCUUUUGGUGGUGUUUUACCUCUUCAUAGCAAACGAAAUGGACCCUGUGCGCUGAGAAGAAUAUUCAGGUCCAGAGAAAAGGUGUUAAUAUUUCUAGUGGGGUUAACUUUUCUGUUUAUAUGUAUAGGACCCAUAUUUUUCCUCCCUGAGCUGAGGGGAGGACUCAGUACCCGAGUGGACCAUGUUUACAAAGUGUACAAACAGAUGCAGAAGGCAGGGCCCGAGCUGAUCCUGCCUCCGCCCCCACCUCAGUCAGGAGAAGAGGAAGGGGGCGGUGCCAUCAGGAAGCACGAAGGAGUGUAUCACAACGUGGUGGGGCACAAUGACAUCCACCUCGCGGACGACAAACAGAGGCUCCUCGACAAGAUCAACAACGACGAGGAGAUGAGGCACUUGAGGGUCAUUGAGAAGCCCGUAGUGCUGACCCUGAGCUCCACCUCCACCGCCAAGGCAGUCGUGGCCCAGCUGGACGAGAACGUGAGGGUGGAGCAGGGCGGAGGUGCAGGGCAGGAUAGGCACAGCAGGCUGGAGAAGGGUCACCUGCCUGUGGUCCAGGGUGGGGAGGACCCAGACCCAGUGGCCAGGCAACGCAGAGACAAGGUUAAAGAGGUGAGUGUCCCUGAGUUGUGUAUGUGUGUCUGUGUUAUAAGUCUGCAUAAGAAGAAAGAAUUAGAGGACAAUACCGACAUCAUCGACAGCUGCCCCGACGAAAGGAGAUUAUCCAUCCUAGAAGCCCUCCACAUAAAAGAAAGGAACCCGAGGUUGAACAUACAAGCAGUUGACCUACAAGCAUUGCUGAGCAUGAGAAGAUCACGGCAACCCAGCUCUGUGGCUGCACUAGGAGACGACGUGCCAAGCGAACCAGCCAAUCAGCAAUGCUGUUGCCCAUGCCUUGCUGCUGCUGAAGCUGGCAGGCAGAAAAAGUGCCAGACCAACAUGCUGCUGUUUUUCAAGAAAACACCAGUGGAAGAUGUAGUACCAGAAGAGGAUGUGUACGAUCCCGUAGAAGCGAUGGAAACAGAGGAAGCGCAGGUGGAUGAUGACGUCCUUGAUUCGGAGGUGGACAUUCAUGGCCUGUUAUUUUUCUCACCAGGUGGAAUGUAUGCACUAGGUGCCAAGAGACUAGAAAAUCAAAUAGCAGGAACACACAUGGAAAUAGCUGAAGGUCUGGCCCACACAUGUCAUGAAUCAUAUUCCCGCACUCCAACUGGUCUGGGUCCAGAGAGCUUCAGGUUCACUGAAGGUAUUGAGGCUCGGGCACUCAAGUCAUCAGAGAAAUACUACAUCUUGAGACCAGAGGCCAUUGAGAGCUGGUUCUACAUGUGGAGAUUCACCAAGGAUCCCAAAUACCGAGAAUGGGCGUGGGGUGCAGUUUUGGCACUAGAAAAGCACUGCCGAGCAGAGGCUGGCUACAGUGGUAUCCAGAACGUGUACAUGGAAACUCCACAAAAAGAUGAUGUUCAGCAGAGCUUUAUCUUUGCCGAGACUUUCAAGGUACCUCUGUCAUUUAAAGUUAUUUUCUAUCCAAACACUUGUGUACCCACAUAUAUAGUUCUUCACUGA